UAAGCAAGCCAACGACUCCAUCUCGGGCUGCUUGAUUUCUGCCGUUGUUCGAUGGAAAUAAGAAAGCGGAAGAACGCCGACGGUGAUGGUGACGGUGGCUCGUCAGCUAACGGCGAAGAUGAUCGGAAUUCGUUUAACCUUUCUUCGAAAUCAGCUCGAAAUCGUUCUCCGAGUCGGAUAUUCUUGUUAUGCCUCGCGUUUCGUGUGGUAAAUGCUUUGUUGAUUCAGACUUAUUUCAACCCCGACGAACAUUGGCAAUCCCUUGAAGUAGCUCAUCGUACCGUGUUCGGUUAUGGUUAUUUGACAUGGGAGUGGAAGAGAGGGAUAAGAAGCUAUUUGCAUCCAAUGGUAUUCGCAUUCUUGUAUAAAGUUCUCGAAGUUACGGGCCUUGAUACUCCCUACGUUAUGAGAAAAGCUCCACGUCUGAUGCAAUCCGUGUUUUCAGCUCUUGGUGACCUCUAUUUGUAUAAACUCUCAGAUGCUCUAUAUGGAGAAAAUGUUGCCAGUUGGUCUUUAUUUUGUCAAAUGGCAAACUGGUUCAUGUUCUUCUGUUUAAACCGCACUUUUUCAAACUGUUUGGAGACUGUUCUUACCAUCAUGGGGCUGUACUACUGGCCUUCUAUUAGAGAUGCUUCAAAGGACUAUCCCGUGAAUCGGAAGUGGGGUUUGGUCAUAGCAGCACUGGCAUGUGCCAUAAGACCAACAAGUGCAAUCAUAUGGUUAUUUGUUGGGAUGCUUGAGCUAUUUUUGACGCCUAAUAAACUCAACUUCAUCAUUCUAGAGGUGAUCCCGAUUGGGUCUUUGGUCCUCGGUUUCACAUGUUUGUUAGACCGUGUGAUGUACGGCUCAUGGGUCAUCGUGCCUCUGAAUUUUCUUAAGUUCAAUUUCCUUUCAUCCGGUGGAGACUAUUAUGGAACUCACCCAUGGCACUGGUACUUCUCCCAGGGAUUUCUUGUCAUGCUUUUGACUUUCACACCAUUCUCCAUUUAUGGAGUUAUCAAGUCUAAGAAUCAGAAGCUCUCAGCUCUUAUUCUAUGGGUUUUAGCUGUAUACAGCAUACUCGGCCACAAGGAAUUCAGGUUUGUGCUGCCUGUGCUACCCAUAGCCUUGAUAUUCUCUGGAUAUGCAUUUGCUCAAAUGGAGGCAUCUGAUUCAUCAUCAUCAUCAAUCACCAAAAAGAAGAAAGUCCCUCGAAAGAACCAUAUUAUCAAGUGGUCUCCUAAACUACGACUUUCAGUCGGGUUUUUGCUUGCGACCAAUAUCCCAAUGGCAUUAUAUAUGAGUUUAUACCAUCAGAGAGGAACCGAGGAUGCGAUGAACUACUUAUCUGAAGAAGCAUACAAAGGGAGAGUAAAGAGCAUUCUCUUUCUCAUGCCAUGCCAUUCUACUCCCUAUUAUUCCACUCUCCAUAGUAAUAUUCCAAUGCAGUUUCUCGACUGCACGCCGAGUGAAGAGAAAGGAAAACUUGAUGAGUCAGAUCAAUUCUUAAUGGACCCUUUAAGUUUUGCAUCAGAGUUAGCUAGAAACUGGUCCGAGCCACCUAGUCACAUUGUAUUGUUUGCAUCAGAAGCAACGAAACUCGGAGAUUUCAUGAUCCAACAUUCUUAUAAAGAGGUGAAAAGGUUUUUCCACGCGCAUUUUAAAGUUGAUCGAGAUCUUCAAUCCUCAGUGGUCGUCUAUACUACUGGCAGUAGUCUACUGCUAUACAAGACUGACUAACUAGGUUUCUAUAUCUUAACUUCGUGUCGUUUGUUUAGCAUUUUAAUGUAUUUCGAUUCUCAAAAAACGCCGUGAUGUUCUAGUGACUUUUGUAUGAACGACGACACAAUGAUAUAAUGGUUUUUUAUU